CACUUCAAAACUAAUAUAAACAGAGGAAAAAAAAACACAACAAAAAAAACUGAGUCCAGUUUCAUCGAUCCUUCUUCAGAAAUCAAAAUCCUUCUUCGUUAAGGAAGACCCAGAAGCAGAGGGGUUUGAUUCUGAUCGAAACCCGCGCCAUGGCCAUGUUCGAUUCCAUCUUCAACAAAGGUUUUAAGGCUGCCAAAUGUAAAACAUUGCUGAAGCUGACAAUUCCGCGUAUAAAGCUGCUAAGAAACAGACGAGAGAUUCAGUUGAAGAACAUGCGGCGUGAGAUUGCCAAGCUACUUGAGACUGGACAAGAAGCCACAGCUCGAAUUAGGGUAGAACAUAUAAUAAGAGAGGAGAACAUGAUGGCUGCUCAAGAAAUCAUUGAACUCUUUUGUGAACUUAUUGCAGUCCGCCUUCCAAUUAUUGAAUCUCAAAGGGAAUGUCCCCUUGACUUGAAGGAAGCCAUAUCUAGUGUAUGUUUUGCUGCACCAAGGUGUGCAGAUUUGCCAGAGUUGUUGCAGGUUCAGAUGCUAUUUGCUGCCAAAUAUGGGAAGGAAUUUUUAUCUGCUACGACUGAGCUCAGGCCAGACUGUGGUGUUAAUCGCCAGUUGAUAGAGCUGCUUUCAAUUCGUGCUCCUUCACCAGAAAAGAAACUGAACCUUCUAAAAGAAAUUGCUGUUGAGCAUGAUUUAGAUUGGGAUCCAGAAGCUUCAGAAACUGAGUUCUUUAAAAAGCAUGAAGAUUUAUUGAAUGGCCCCACCCAAUUCGUUAGUGGGUCUAAGUUGCCCCUUCCUGAUGAAAAACACAAUGAAGAGAUGCACUCCACUCAUGAUGCACCCAAUAAAGAACAACCUGAUUCUGAUUCUGGCUCCGACACAUUAGAAUUUCCUGAAGUUCCUAAGGUAUCAGUCCAGCCAAAUGCAAAUGUUGCCACAGCUCCAGAAAUGGUUACACCUUUGACUAUGGAACCCCUCGAGGUUGAUCUUGAUUCACCAAGACAUUCUGGAGAUUUUGCAGAUGCAAAACAGGAGCAAGUUGAAGAUAGAUCAUCAGUUCACAAAGAUGAACCCCACACUUCAAUUUGCAAAACGGAGAAUAAACAGUUUUUGCCAUUCAUCUCCCCUCCAUCUGUAUCAUCUGGAUCAUUUUCUGCAAGACAUAGUGACUCACCUCCCUCCUUCUCAAGCACAAAAUCUGAAGGCAAUGUGGACUUACAGGAUGUGUUGGCUGCUGCCCAUGCUGCUGCUGAAACUGCUGAACGUGCAGCAGCGGCAGCUCGCAGCGCGGCCAGCCUUGCUCAACUCCGAAUUAAUGAGCUGACAAAGAAGAAAAGUAGUGAACAUGUGCCUGACAGCAGUAGCUCUGAGAACCCGUUUUAUGCUGGUGGCAGUAAUGAAUCUCCAACAAUAAUAGAAAAGCAUUUCACUGAGCAAAAUACUGCAGGUAACUCUGAUGUCCAUAAUGGAAACGAUGUUGAACAUCACCAGGAUCAUUAUGCUUCCCCAGACUCUCAUUCAUCAAGUUUUCCCUCCUUUGAGACACUUAAGGAGGAUUUUGCUUCUUCCCUACCCAAUGAUCAUCGUGUAUUGGAUGACAAGUCCUCGAGUCACCAGCCUAAGAGAUUACCUUCAAUGGACGACGACUCGUAUUUCUCAUACCCCAACUUAUUUACCUCUCAAAACUCUAAUGUGGGAUCUCAGGCUCAUUCAGAUAACAGCCGUUCCCCUCAUUCAGAUAACAGCCGUUCCCCUCAUGAUCUGUGAUGCAGAAUUAUCAUCCGGCCACCCAUUUCCUUAUGAGUCUCAAGUCUUGCUUAUGAGUGUGUUUUAUACUUCUGCAGUCAGUACUUUAUUUUUAUUUUAUUUUCAAAGAGCAUGCAAUUCUUGGCUUUGUUGUCUACAUAGUAAAUAUUAAGGCUGGCUUUGCAUAAUGAUGGAUGGGCACUGCCACUAUAUAAUUUCUUUGGUUCAGAAGCGUUACUGUUUGUGGCUGGGGCUGCAAUGAGUGUAGAAAUCUUAUAGUGUUGGAAUAAAAGCAUUCAGCUUCAUUUUCUUUAUAUUCUUUUGUUUCAAGGACAGCUACACAGCAGAUAUACGAGUUAAAUCACCGGAGGAUAUUAGACAUUUUAAUGCUUUCAGAACUUCAUUUGUAAUUAUUGUAAUACUGUGGCGGCAUGUUAGAGUGUGGAAUAUAUCACUUCAUAGAUAUUUGCAUGAUUUUUCUUUUGAGUAAUAUGUAACACAUUAGCCUUA